CUUGUUCCUUAAUUAUCAUCAUCACUCUCUCCCCCCCUCUCUCUCUCUCUCCUCUUAUGAUCAUCUCUCUAGCUCCUUGCUUAGAUCCUUGUUGAAUUAUUGAAACAAAAACAAAAAAACCCUAAUCCCAAAUUUUCAAUUAAUCUUUGUAAAAUUAGCUAGAGUUCAAGGUUUUUUCUUCGCUAGAAACAUUUAAAAACCCUAUCUUUGUGUUGUAACAUGUCAAACCCAUGGUGGACAGGCCAAGUAGGUUUACAAGGAGUUGAAACAUCAUCAUCGGCGGGGUCACCGUCUCUUAAGAAGGCAGAUCUAGGCGUAUCAAUGAACGAUAAUAGUGGUGGUAGUGGUAGUCAUGAUGAAGAUAGGGACCACAGCGAUGACCCUAAAGAGGGCGCUGUGGAAGUAGCCACUCGUCGACCUAGAGGUCGACCAGCUGGCUCAAAAAACAAACCUAAACCACCAAUAUUUGUUACAAGGGAUAGCCCUAAUGCCCUUAGAAGCCACGUGAUGGAAGUUGCUAAUGGAGCUGACGUGGCAGAAAGUAUAGCUCAAUUUGCUAGGAAAAGACAAAGAGGUGUUUGUGUUUUGAGUGCUACUGGAACUGUUACUAAUGUAACCCUAAGACAACCAUCUGCUCCUGGAGCUGUCAUGGCAUUACAUGGCCGAUUCGAGAUCUUAUCGUUGACCGGAGCUUUCUUACCUGGCCCCGCACCUCCUGGAUCAACAGGUUUGACUAUAUACCUAGCAGGAGGACAAGGACAAGUUGUGGGAGGAAGUGUAGUAGGGUCAUUAGUGGCUUCAGGACCAGUUAUGGUAAUUGCAUCAACUUUUUCUAAUGCAACAUAUGAAAGGCUACCUUUAGAGGAGGAGGAGGAAGGCGGUGGACCGGCGGCACAAGGACAACUUGGUGGUGGUGGUGGCGGCGGAUCGCCACCCGGAAUGGGAGGAAGUGGUGGUGGACAACAACAACAAGGUGGUGGUGGUGGUGGUAUGGGUGAUAUUCCAUCAUCAAAUAUGCCAGUAUAUAAUUUGCCACCAAAUUUGUUACCAAAUGGUGGACAAAUGAACCAUGAAGCAUUUGGUUGGGCACAUGGACGCCCACCUUUUUAAUUUAGAGGUAAUUUAAUUAUGACAAAAAAUAAUAAUAAUAAUAAUUUCAACAAAAAUGAAAAAAAAAAAAGUUUGAGAGGAUUUAGAGGUUAGCUUCUUCCUUUUUGAUUAUGUUGUAUGGUAUAAAAAAAAAUUAAAAGAAGUUAUUUGAGGUUAAAUUAUGUAUAUUAAAUUUUCUCUUUGAAUUUUAUUCAACACAUGAUGGGGUUUUCCCCCUUACUUCAAUCUAUUUCUUCUAGUUCUAGUA